AAAAAUGAAGGAUGCAACGUGAUUAAGUUAUGGCCUUUUUGAGUAGCAAUAACAAUGAACAGAUUGACAUUCCUUGAUCAGGAACCUCCUCCGGGAUAUAUUGCCGGUAUUGGCAGAGGUGCCACUGGUUUUGUCACUCAGGCUGAUCUAGGUUCAAGUAGAAAAUUACCAAUAGUAUCUUUCGAAAAAAAAAGUUCGGAGGAUGAUGAUGGCAACGACAGGCAAGAGCCUGGUGGAAUUUUGAGUGAGGCCGGGCAAUUUGAAGAUGCUAAAUUUGAUCUAAAGCCUUCGGGUUUAACAGGAGACAAAGAAGAUAUAGAAGCAGAUAGCAUCUACGACGAGGUCGAACGAUAUCUGGAAAGGAAAAGGAAGAAAAAACAGAAGAGUGAAGCUCCAAAAACUGAUCUGGAUACUGGUGUACUAGCCAAGAUUGAAAGUACAGGUAAAAGCAUUCAAGGUAUCGCAGGUCAAUUUGAAGAUGUAAAGCAGGGGCUUGCUUCGGUUUCCAAAGAGGAAUGGGAAGCACUUCCCGAAUCUGGUGACUUUACGAGAAAGAACAAAAGGCUUAGAAAUGAGUUGCAGGAGCAACAAAGGUUUUACAGAAAUUCGGAUAUGCUUGCUUUAAGCUUAAAAAAUUCAGGAGCAACCAAUCUUGUUUUAGAUGAGGCCAACGAAGAGGUUGAGAAUGACAACGACGAAGCUGAAGCCAACGGUGACAAUAAAAUCGUCAAUGACGACGUCAAUUUGCUAGAACUAUCUAGGACAAAAGACAGGUUACUUGAGUAUCGAAUAAAAAUGGGAAAUCAGGCAGCUUCUACGGAGUUGGAUAAGAGUGAUUAUUUAGAAAAACUUGUUCCUUCCAGCAAAUACAACAUUGGAGAUUAUCAAAAAACAAGACGAUUAUUUGCAAAACUUCGUGAAACAAGUCCACACAGUCCCCAAAACUGGAUUGCCAGUGCACGCCUUGAAUAUGAUGCUCGAAAGUUUAAUAAAGCCAGAUUGUUGAUUCAAGAGGGAUGCGAAAAGUGCCCUAGAUCUGAGGAAAUUUGGCUUACUAACUUAGAGUUUAAUUCAGACGACAUCCCAGCGUCUAAAGUGAUUGUUGCAGACGCCAUAAAAUAUAAUUUCAAAUCAAUUCCGCUUUGGUUCAAAGCUGUUGAAUUGGAACACGACAAUCUCUCUAAAGUGCGUGUUUUGAGAAAGGCAUUAGAGUUGCAACCUAAGGUCCCUUUAUUGUGGUUGGAGAUAAUAAAAUAUGAACAGGAUAAAAACAUUUCAAUCAAAAUGAUCCAAAAAGCAACAGAGGUCAUUCCGGACUCUUUAGAGAUUUGGACAGCAUUGGCAGAUCUUCAGGAUAUAGAUGAUUCAAUAGCGACUUUAACAAAUUCCAUCAACUAUAUAUCUGAUGAGAAAAAAUAUAAAGUUUGGAUAACUAUUGCCAAACUUGAAGAAGAAAGAUCUUCGAAUGAAGUAAAAAUAAAUCGACUAAUCGCUAAAGGAUUUGAGAUGCUUGAUGGGGCAUCAAACUUUGAAGAGUGGUUUAAUCAGGCAAGAUUAUGCGAAUGUGAAAAGCGUAUUCUAACUUGCCGUUCCAUAAUCUUGAAACUUCUCACAGAAAAUUCUGAAAAUAACACCAAAAAGCUUAUUGAUAUUUCUAAGGAAGAGUAUGCUCAAAAUCAUUUAGAAAUCUCAGACACUAUUCUGUUUUUCAUUACCUCGAACUAUCCUAAACAACUUAACUCCUGGACAGAGUUUUUUGAACUGAAAAGAAAUACUGGAGAUUUUAAAGCUCUAUUUUUAGCGUAUGAGAUGGCAAUAACGUCUCUUCCGAAAUGUAUGGAGCUUUAUUUAAUGUACGCCAAAGAUAAGUUGAAAUUUGAUGAAGAUUUUGAAAAGGUACGCUCAAUUCUAGCAGAUGCUUUGGAGCAGGUACCUACUAGUGAAGUUGUAUGGAUAUUUACUAUCGAGUUUGAGAUCAAAGCAGGCAGUAACUUGGUGGUCAGAGAACUGUUUGAGGCAUGUUUGAAUAAUUUGCCUGACCCAAGUAUAAACAUUUGGAUCAAAAGAAUUAAUUUUGAAAAAAGUCUUGGCAAUUAUUCUUCUGCUCUUGAAUUCGGAACUAUUGCACUUCACAAACACCCUGAUGAAUAUAUUCUUUACCUCCUCAAAUCUGAAAUAAGUGAGACUAUCGAUGAUUUCAAGAGCGCUAAGACCAUCAUUGAGACUGGAAUAAAAAAAUGUAAGAGUAACGAGUUAUUGUACAUACACUUAGCUCAAAUUUAUGAAAAAAACUUUACAAAUUUGAUUAAAUCAAGGUCGAUUUUGGAGGAAGCGUUGGCGAAACAUCCUAAAAGUGAUAAAGUACAUCAUGCUAGGAUUUUACUUGAGCUACGAUCAGGUAACAAAGUCCAUGGUGACCGCUUAUUAUCCAAGGCACUGACUCUAAUCCCAUCAUCCGCAAUACUAUGGUGUGAAAAUAUAAGGCUCGUUUCAAAACAGCAGGCUAAGAACGUUUAUGCCAUGGCAUUGAAGAAGACCUGCGAUGACCCGAUGGUAAUCUUAACAAUUGCCCAUGAUUUAUGGAAAAAUGGAAAAAUUGACAAGGCAAAUCAAUUUUUCAAUGCUUGCAUUAAAAAAGAUCCUAAGUAUGGGGAUGCUUAUAUUUAUUAUUAUGCAUUUCUUUUGAAGUUUGGAAGUAAACAGGAGAUGAAAAAUCUGGAAGAACAACUGUCAAACCAUUUUGAGUUUUUUCAUGGUCAUUACUGGGCAGAACUGAUAAAAAAAAAUGAGAAUAAAGGCGUUGAUCACAUUCAGCUAGCCAGAGAUGCAGCUGUCAAUGUUUUCAAGUCUGUAUAGUUGAAAAUUCUCUGUAUUUAUUAUAGAUUGUAUAAUAUAAGUUGACUCUGAGUCGAUUAACCCCUCG